AUGAAUAAUAUUGCUGCUCGUAAAUUAUUAUUUACACGUUCUUAUUCGAGAAAUUGCUUAAAAUUCAACAUUUUCAAGAAUAAUGAAAUUCACAAGAUUAAUCAAAUCAAACAAAUAAAUCGAUCAUUAUCUUCAACUACUACAAUUUACUAUAAAAAGAAUCAUCAUGAUUCUGUAUCUUCCGAUUCAUCGUCACACGAUCCAUUUUAUUUCAAUCCGGAGCCAUUAAGAAAAUUAGGUCCUAAGGACAAAGACCCUCAUAAAAUAGGUCCAACUCCAGAUAAAUCAUUAACCGAAGGUCAUACAGUCAGCAAAGCAAAAGAAUCUUUAGGUAUUAAACGUGAUAAUAAUAAUAUAAUUGAUAAAGUAAAAAAUACUGUUGAUCGUGUGACUACACCUGAUUCUGAUGUACAAGCAGCGGCGGCAGCUAGUAGUCUUAAAGAACGUGCUGAUUAUUUAAAAUCUCAGCGAACCGAACAAACAUCAAAUGUUCAAGAUAAAGAAACCCUUAGUGACAAAACAAAAGGAACAGUUUCUAAUUUACAAGAUAAAACCGGUGAUUUAAAAGAUCGAGCAAAAGAAGCCGGAAAUUUCAUAUAG